CGUUUCCACGAAUGAUUGGACGUCGUACGAAGAACGGCUGACGUCGUUUCUUAUCGUCAACCGCGUUCCCGAAGGUGACAGAGUACAUGCAUUCCUGAGCAUCAUAUGCCCCAGUACCUAUAGUCUUCUGAAAUCACUGGUUGCCCCGGAGCUGCCUUCAGCCAAGAGCUUCGAGGUACUAACGAAGACGCUGGGGGACCAUCUGUCGCCGAAACCAUCGGUCAUUGGCGAGCGAGCAAAGUUCCACAGAAGGCAGCAAGUCGAAGGCGAGUCCAUUUCUGAUUACGUUGCCGAGCUACGGAAGCUAGCACGAACCUAUGACUUUGGAAGCGCGUUAGAUGAAUCCCUCCGGGAUCGCUUCGUCUGCGGCUUGUUAAGAGAGGAUAUAUAGUGAGUGCUGUUCACUGAGGAUAGCAAGCUUACGUUUCAGAGAGCGGUAGAGCGCGCUGUGGCUAUGGAGGCGGCAACGAAAAGCACUGCGGAAGCCCGUACAGGUGUGUCUACAGCCAACCCUAUGCAUAAGGUACAGGCGACUUCGAGUGUCCAGUCGCAGGCAUGUUUUUGCUGCGGGUCGCCGAAACAUUCCGGCAAAGCGUGUCCCCACGUAAAUGACAAAUGCUAUAAGUGCAACAAAAGGGGACACCUGCAACGAGUUUGCCGUAGCACCUCCGGCCAGUCGCGUGGGAAACGCCCCAUCAAGGACACUGUAAAAACGCUAUCGGUGGUAUCCCGCUCGGAAGUGGUAGCCGUAAGGGGCGGAUCUGCUCCCAGUAUUGAGCCCAUCAUGGUACCGAUGAAAGUAAAUGAUGUGACAAUCCCUAUGGAGCUAGAUACAGGUGCCGCCGUCACAGUCAUGCCUUUCAAACAAUACCGCCAAUUUCUUUCAUCAGCCAGGCUCAACCCGACAGAAGUGAAGCUCCGCACCUAUACAGGAGCCCUGGUGAUCCCAAAAGGCGUCCUGCAAGUCAAGGUGCAGCACGGUGGCAACACGGCGAGCCUUCCUCUAUACGUCGUCGACCAGGAGGGGCCGCCGUUGCUGGGUCGGGAAUGGCUUCAGGCAAUUAGGCUGGAGUGGAACAAAAUCUGGAACGUCCACCAUCUGCCAAGGUCAGAGCUGCCUUUUUCUUGUCGUUUAGAGGAAAGGCUGCACGCCUUGAUCGCAAAGUACGACUCUCUAUUUAAAGAUGAGUUAGGCAUGAUUACAGAAGAAAGGGCCGAGCUGUAUUUCAAGCCUAAUCAGGCACCGAAGUUUCUCAAAGCAAGAAACGUGCCGUUCGCACUGCAAAAGGCGGUUGAGCUUGAACUUUCGAAGAUGGAAAAAAUGGGCAUCAUAACGGCCGUUGCCACAUCGGAUUACGCAACGCCAGUGGUACCCGUUAUCAAGAAAGACGGUGGCAUACGCCUCUGUGGCGAUUAUAAGGUGACAGUGAAUCCGUGCCUUGACGUCACGCGUUACCCGUUGCCGAAGGUCGAUGACUUAUUCGCGGCUCUGUCUGGAGGAACACAUUUUUCAAAGAUCGACCUGAACCGCGCAUAUCAGCAAGUGGUCAUGUCUGAUGCCUCAAAGCAAUACCUAACCUUGAACACCCAUAAGGGUUUGUUUGUCGUCAACCGAUUACCUUUUGGAAUCUCAUCCGCGCCGGGAAUUUUCCAAAAGAUAAUGGACACGAUGUUGAAGGACCUCAAGGGUGUUUGCUGCUACCUAGAUGAUAUUUUGGUAACUGGGAAAACACUAGAAGACCACUUAGCUAAUCUCGAAGCGCUGCUGGAGCGUUUUCAAAGCCGAGGUGUCAGGGUAAAGAAAGAGAAGUGCUCGUUUUUUCAAAGCGAACUUCACUACCUUGGGCACAAAAUCAGCGCUGAAGGCAUUUCCCCAUUGUCAAAUAAAGUUGACGCACUUCCCCAGGCACCAGAGCCGAAAUCAAAAAAGCAGCUUCAGUCUUUGUUGGGCGUUGUCAACUAUUACAGCAAGUUCGUGCCCCAGUUAGCAACGAUAGCUCAACCAUUUUUCAGACUUCUGCAAAAAAAGGUAGCGUGGCACUGGGACGAGCAUGCUAGAAAAGCGUUCAACCAAGUGAAAGCGCUAUUGGCAGCACAACCACCUACGCUCGCACACUAUGACCCUGAAAGACAACUUAGGCUGUCAUGCGACGCGUCUCAGUAUGGUGUAGGAGCAGUCCUAUUUCAUGUCUACGAUGACGGAAGGGCACGGCCCAUUGCUUACGCUUCAUGAACGCUAUCAGAAGCGGAAAAGAAAUACAGUCAACUGGAGAAAGAAGCGUUAGCCAUCAUUUUCGGUGUAAAGAAGUUCCACUUCUAUCUUUAUGGGCGCUCAUUCACCUUGGUCACAGACCAUAAGCCUCUUCAAACAAUAUUGGGCCCGCCAACCGGUAUUCCCACCAUCGCAGCUGCUCGUUUGCAACGCUGGGCUGUUACGUUGGCAGCCUACUCUUACAAUCUUAUCUUCAAGAAAUCGAGCGAGAACGCGGAAGCAGAUUUCUGCUCGCGUCUGCCGCUGCCAGAUCUUGAAGCAGAAACCAAAGAAACAGAAGAAACAUUUUAUUCGUUGCGAUUGAACUCGUUGCCUGUUUCUAGUCGAGAUAUCGCGGCUGCCACAUGUAAAGACCAAAUUCUUUGUCAAGUGAAGGAAUUCACAAAUGUGGGAUGGCCCGCGUCGUUCAAGGAUGAACAGUUGAAGCCUUUUUUUCGCAGAUGCAACAUAACUGACGGUGCAUCAUGGAUGAGUCAUGCUGGGCGCAAGAGUAGUCGUGCCUGCAAAGCUGCAAGGGUUCGUUCUGGACGAACUCCAUGACGGCCAUCCCGGCAUCUUGCGCAGCAAGGAACUAGCACGCAGCUACGUGUGGUGGCCAACUCUUGAGGCGGACCUCGAACUUCGUAUCAGAAGCUGCGCUAGUUGUCAAGAGCAACGUAACGCUCCAAUCAACGCACCUCUUCACCCGUGGUGAUGGCCGACUUCACCGUGGCAGCGUGUUCGCGUAGACUUUGCGGGACCUUUUCAGAAUACCAUGCUUUUAGUGGUGGUAGACGCACAUUCUAAAUGGCCAGAGGUUUUCGAAAUGAGAUCGACAACUACAGAAAGCACGAUUCGUUGUUUGACUGAGCUCUUCGCACGUUUUGGUUACCCUGAAACAAUUGUUUCCGAUAAUGGACCUCAGUUUGUUUCGCAGGAGUUCAAGCACUUCGUGCAGGCAAUGGGAGCGCGCCACGUCCUCACGGCUCCCUACCACCCCAGCUCCAAUGGGUUGGCAGAGCGUUUCAUCCAGACCUUAAAGAAUGCGCUGCGCAAAGACGGCACAGGAGGAACAUUGCAGGUAAAGCUGCAUAAAUUUUUGCUGUCGUAUCGCAACACGCCACAUGCGACGACUCGUGAAUCACCAGCGGCAUUGCUCCUAGGACGACGCUUACGCAGUCGGCUAGAUGCCGUAAAGCCUUCCGUUGGGGAAAGAGUAGCACACAGACAGUGCACUCAGGCAUUAAGUCGUCCGUGUCGCGAACGUCACUUCUUGGUAGGCGACAGCGUGUUAGCACGUAAUUAUUCUGGAAAACCAAAGUGGGCUCCCGCUGCGAUUGUUGCUCAAACAGGACCUGUCUUUCCAAGUACGUGCAACCACACCGAGGGGCACCUUCACCUGGCGUCGUCACCAGGAUCAGCUGCUACAGAGGCCUGCAGAAGACGUUAUCCCUAGGCAUGGAACAGCUGGCGAAGUUACCAGCGAGUUCCUGUUUUAUCCUGAGACUGCCGGCGCACCAGUUCCUUCCAGUCCUCAACCGCCCAUGGUAAUCCCGGUUGCGCAACAGGCAACACCAGCAGCCGCCGAGGCAGGACGCUACCCCAUGCGAAAUCGUCGCCCACCGGAUAGAUUCUAAGCUGGACUCUGAGUGACUGUGUGCUCCAUUAAAAGGGGAGGUGGUGUUGUGUCUGCUGGCGCUCGUCUUGAUAAGAGCACUCUGCGAAGUGCGCAUGCGCCACUAAGUGUUAAAAGCAGAGUGCCCCUUGCUAGCGGCCCCUCUCUUUCUUGCCGAGCCUCAACCCACAAGCAUGGGUUAAUAAACGUCGUUCACCCGGAACUUGUCUGAUCCUUUCGACACGCCUGGCGCAAAACGUAACACCAUCCAUCCACCCAUGGGGAUAGGGAAAGAUUUGACGAUGUCCUAGAUAAUACUAUGCGAGGCAAGUAAAGGAUUUAGGACAUUGCAAAGUAAGCCUUCCCUCAUAAGUAGACAAGGAAAGUGUCAUGGAAGUUUCAGUAUCUAAAAGCAAAAAUGACGUGAUUAUACACAAAAGGCUCAGACAGUUAAAAGCAGGCUAUAGUAACGGGGAAGAAGGCGAUAGCCUAGACGUCUUAGGGCCACAAGGUGGCAUCUCGUGCCACUCCGAUACAAAGGCAGAUCUCUAUUUACCUAUCCAUGCUCUAUCGAGCUAAAACGAACCCGUAGACGGGCCUUUGAGAUUGAGAGCCCGUGCAUGAUCUGAGAGGCAUUAUCGCAAAUGGACUCUUCCCUCGCCAAUGUUCGCGGCAUGGACGUACGAACGACCGGUCUGCCUGCGCGGGCGAGUCAGGCAACGGAAAGAAGUGUUUCGCCUGCUUCAACACACAAGCCAUAAAAAGCGACAUGCGCUUAACGAUCCUAGCAAACUCAGUGGAAGAACGUGCGAAGGAAUCUUCGCAUAAAUAAUGAACAUGUGAUGAGAUAGCGAAACAUUAACUUCAUAUUGGUUGAAAUUCGCGCGACGCGUAAAGAGAAGCCGGAGACGGUUUAUAAAGAAUGCAAUACCCGGUCAUGGAGCGUCGAGGGAAAUUAUGAAAGAAGAGCAUACCGCGAACUACGGGCCUGGUUUUCUUCCCACAGCCAUGGCCGAUAUUUUACUGCAACGCCGACUGUGCUUAGAAAGCGGGCACCUCCUGAGAUCACCGAAAGAAGCUAUGAAAUCCAUAUAGGGUUUCCUUCAGACAUGAGUCUCCUUCCGUCCUUUCUAGUGAACCACGAGUGAGGGUGACUAAGCGCAGCAAUGGCUUUGUAGAAACAGCACCCACCUAGUGCGUUACAGGCAGUGCUUUCGAGCCCAGGUGCCACCAGAAACCUACGAGUACUUACAAUGUGGUAAAAAUUCUCUGCAUUCCAGUGCUCUGCUGCUUUUGAGAUAUUCUCGCUGGGGCCCUAUCAGUGCAUCUUCCGUGCUACGAAAUAGGACUUCUAUAUUGUAAGAGAAAAUUGAUGCGUGCAGGCGAAGCCUGCUGCUCAUGAUUUUGCUUGAAAAAGCAAUGAGUAGAAAUAAAUUCAU